AAUACCACAACCAAGCCACGUGGGAGUCUGGCGUAGCCUCAAUGAUGCAGAACAGUCACAGUGGCGUGAACCAGCUCGGCGGUGUGUUCGUUAACGGCAGACCGCUGCCGGACUCCACCAGGCAGAAAAUAGUUGAACUUGCUCACAGUGGUGCUCGACCCUGCGACAUUUCCAGGAUACUGCAGACCCAUGAUGAAGUCCAAGUGCUGGACAGUGAAAAGGUGUCCAACGGCUGCGUGAGCAAGAUCCUGGGUAGAUAUUAUGAGACCGGCUCCAUCAGACCGAGAGCGAUAGGCGGCAGCAAGCCGAGGGUCGCCACUCCGGAGGUGGUCGCCAAAAUCGCGCAGUACAAGCGGGAGUGUCCGUCCAUCUUCGCCUGGGAGAUCCGAGACCGGCUCCUGUCGGAGGGGAUCUGCACCAACGACAACAUCCCCAGCGUGUCAUCAAUAAACAGAGUCCUCCGCAACCUGGCGAGUGAAAAGCAACAGAUGGGCGCAGAUGGCAUGUAUGACAAGCUGAGAAUGCUCAACGGUCAGACAGGAACCUGGGGGACCCGGCCCGGCUGGUACCCCGGAACAUCGGUGCCAGGACAGCCCAACCAAGAAGGCUGCCAACAACAAGACGGAGCGGGAGAAAACACAAACUCCAUCAGCUCCAACGGCGAGGACUCAGAGGAGACACAGAUGCGUCUGCAGCUCAAGAGGAAGCUGCAGAGAAACCGCACGUCCUUCACGCAGGAGCAGAUCGAGGCUCUGGAAAAAGAAUUUGAAAGAACUCAUUAUCCAGAUGUUUUCGCGCGGGAAAGACUAGCGGCAAAAAUCGACCUGCCCGAGGCAAGAAUACAAGUAUGGUUCUCAAACAGAAGAGCAAAGUGGAGGCGAGAGGAGAAGCUGCGGAACCAGCGUCGGCAGGCCAACAACUCCUCCAGCCACAUCCCCAUCAGCAGCAGCUUCAGCACCAGCGUUUACCAGGCCAUCCCACAGCCCACCACACCGGUGUCUUUCACCUCGGGGUCAAUGCUGGCCAGACCUGACUCUGCACUCACCAACACCUACAGUGCGCUGCCGCCCAUGCCCAGCUUCACCAUGGCGAACAACCUACCUAUGCAACCCAGCCAGACCUCCUCUUAUUCCUGCAUGCUGCCUACCAGUCCGCCUGUGAACGGGCGGAGCUACGAAACAUACACGCCCCCUCAUAUGCAGGCACAUAUGAACAGCCAAUCAAUGACCACUUCUGGUACCACCUCAACAGGACUCAUCUCUCCUGGAGUGUCUGUCCCUGUCCAAGUCCCAGGGAGCGAGCCUGAUAUGUCUCAAUACUGGUCAAGACUACAGUAGAGAGAAGAGCUACUUCACCCUGUAAGCGCCCGGUCCACCAUCGCCCUCCAGCAGUGCUCCUCACACAUACACGGCACAGGAUAGCGGAGAAGACAUGAGGACACAGACGAGAGAGAGAGAGAGACUCUAGGAGAGCUUUGGGACGUCUGAACUUUUGUUUUUCCACUGGGACAGCGUGCUGUUAUGUGGCCCUGUUGGCACAUUCAAGCAAGGACUUUGGAAGAAAAUCCAAUGAGAAAAAGCCAGGAGGAAAAAAAAGGACCUCUGUAAAGUGCCCGGUGUUAAAUUUUUAUGGAACAAAAACUUAUCUGUUUCUUUUUUCUAUUUCCAACUUCAGUCAUUGUUUCCUUUUUUUCUCUGAUGUGUUUGUAAAUGGCCAUUUGUAUGUUAAUAUAAAAAUAAGAAAAAAAAAACAAGAGAUGGACUGCUAGAAAACCAUGUUGGUUUUGCAUUUGUUUGCGAGAGGAGAACCUGAGAUUCUGCCAUGACUAUCUUUUAAUCUGCUUAUAUCGAGACUUUCAACCAGCCUUUGCAUGGUCUUUGGACAUUAUUUCAUAUCAUUAACGAUGAGAAGUUGGAGGGAAGACUCUUACUGUGACAAAAAAAAGAAAACUAUUUAUUGGUCUUAUUUCUUACAAAUGGAUAUUUAGAGGAAGAAACUCAAACUCGAUCCACCCUGAGGCUGCGAUCUAGGCCCCUGACAUUGGGCCUGUGUUUGCUUUUUUUUUAAAGACACGGAUCACUAUCAGCAGCUCCAAGUGUGCAAAGAUGGUGCAACACAACAUGCGCCUUGUGCUUCUGAGGUUGGAUUGACUCCAUAGAUUACCACCAGGAACAUUACAAGAAGAAAACAGGUGUAAAAGAACACCUGUAGUCUGUAAAUGGUAGACCGGCGUCUUUGAUAUAAUCCAGUUUGUUUCUGUCAAAAUGUAAAGUACUUGUCUUCCCUAGAAAUCUUCCAGAAAAGAUUUCUCCAAUAAAAGUUGAUUUCAUUUAUAUCCCCCCCAAGAAUAUUCUAUAGAUGUUCCAUGCAUCAUGAAAUACAUUUCUUUAGGGUCAGGUACAAUUUGUCUCCUAGGUAUAGUUGUAAUAUAGUGUCCUAUGGUCAAAAAAAAUGUGCAACUAGAAAUAUUUAAUUCCUAUAAUUAUGAUUAAACAUUGCUUGACAGAGUUUUAAACUUAAGUGUUUGGCAGUUGUUUACAAGUACAUAUCAGAUUUAAUCAUUGUUGAUUGUAAAACAGACCAAAGCCUUUGUAUUUCAUCUACACAAUGUUUUUAUUUUGUUUGUUUCUUUUGAAAAGUUUUAGUCUUGUGAUGCGACAUUUUUGUAAGCACGUUUCGUUCARUUGCAUUGGCUUCGAGUUCGGAAGAUUGCAGUCGAACCCCGCAGUCCUUAUUUAUAAUUAAAGACCAUGGGAGGGUUUUUCUAGCAUCAUCUGUCAUGCUCUUUUUGAGUUUUUUUUUUUUUUUUUUUUGCAUUUUCAUUCCAGUGUGUGCAAAGAACAUGGACACAUGCCCGGGUUCACAUUUGAGCAUUGCUUCUGAGAUGAAACACGCUGUCUCUUUAAAUAUUUCAAUUUAAUUUUAUUUAAAAAUGGAGCUUUUUAAAUGUAUUUUGUGAAAACUAUAAAACAUUUUGUACAGUAAAAUUGUGUCUUAAAGAAAGA